AGCAUUUGGGAACAUCCCGAUUCCGCACCAGUCAAAGCGACUCAAAAAAACUGUGAUGGAGCUCAUCGGCAUCACACCAUCAUAGUCGACCUUGAUGGGGAAUUAGAGCCGGAAGCAACCGACCUUCAACCUCAAGACAGACCCACUUAUGACCCGAUAUGUCUGAAUUGCAAUGUAACAAAGAAAGAGAUACCAUCCGAUCAUUUCCAACUCUACCUCCAUUGUCUCAAAUAUUCCACAGAGAAAUGGAGUUACAGUACACCGCUUCCUGAGUGGGCUAUUCAACCGGAACCUUCGUAG